ACUUUCUUAUCGGUCUGUAUUCGUGCUCUUGUUUUUCCUUGUUUUUGUUAUUUUUAUUCGCUGAUGUACAAAACAUAAGUUUUAAGUAAUAAAUAAGGAUCCAUCUGUCUAUAAUACUAAAGUGCAAAUUACAUCAUUUGUUUAAUACAUAGACAAGCUGGAUAUCACAAACAUCACAAACCACUUUAAGAGGUAUUUCUCCAUGAUGGGUGGAAACGAAAAAAUACCAUUACUUUUGAAGGAAUUUGAUGUAGACAAUGAUGAAAAUAAUGGCUUUAUUCUAUUGGGGAGAACUAUUCCUGAAGAAAUGAUAUUAGAGAUAUUAAGCUAUGUGGACCCCAAAGAGAUACUAAAACUGGGUUUAGUUUGUAAAAACUGGUAUAACAUCACAAGAUCCCAUCUAUUUUGGGUAAAUGUAAGUGAGAAACACAACAGGAUUAUCCACAAACAACUACCCUGGUAUCUGUUUUACUGUUUGUUUGCUAUGAAUUAUUUUGACACCAAUUUAAUUAAAAAUGGAAAUGGAGAGAGUCAGUUUGAACAUUGGAAUAUAAUAGCAAAUGGAGGGGAUGGUUUUAGGGUAGAAGAACGACCAUGUGGUUCUAAUCUAUUGCCAGUGAAUGUCCCUGAAUUUAAUGGACAUACAAGUUGCUUUGCUACUUCAUUUUCAGCUUGCAUAAAAGAACAAGUUAUAGAAUUGAAGAGUAAACUAUUUUUAUAUGUAUUAAAUGAAUAUAAACCCCACAUUCAUGCCAGUGAAUGGGUCACAUGCAGAGGUGACUGUGGAAGCACUUACUGGAUGAGACUCAUCUUACUAAAUGAAAAAGAUGAAAAUUUAGCAGAAGCAGAUAAAUCAUUUGAACGUGAACAGUGGUCAGAACCAAGAUGGACCAAGAUAUCUGUGAGUCUCACUGAUUAUCCUAAGGGGGUCAGGAAAAUCAAUUUUAUGCAUGAAGGCAAAGAUAAACAAUUUUGGAAAGGCUAUUAUGGUUCCAAAAUGGCAGGGGCUGUUGUAAGAAUUGAUUUUGAUUCUAUUCAACCUAUUGAUAAAACCGACAAAUAAUGGUGUAAACAAUAAAUAUUUCAAAGAAAAUUUAAUUUAAAAUCAGAAAAUACUUCAAAUUUAAUUUUUUUAAUGUAUAUGUACUGUAAAUUGUACUUGUGAUAUUCUCUAGCCAUUUAAGAAU